AUGGUAGGCCUGGUGACGGGCGGUUCGUCAGGUCUGGGUCUUGCCACCGUUGAACGUCUGGUGCAGAACGGAGCGUCGGCUGUGAUCCUGGACCUGCCCUCCUCUGAUGGAGCGGCUCUGGCUGAGAAACUGGGGGAGCGCUGUGCCUUCGCUCCUGCAGACGUGACAUCAGAGGCAGACGUGCAGUCGGCGGUGUCCCUGGCCAGAGAGAAGUUUGGAAAGCUGGACCUCGCGGUGAACUGUGCCGGCAUCGCUGUCGCCUUUAAAACCUACAACUUCAAGAAGGACUUACCUCACAGCCUGGAGGACUUCCAGCGCGUUAUCAAUGUGAACAUCGCAGGAACCUUCAACGUGAUCCGCCUGGCGGUGGGGGAGAUGGGAAAGAACGAGCCUGACGCGGACGGACACAGGGGCUGCAUCAUCAACACGGCCAGCGUGGCAGCUUUUGACGGACAGGUCGGCCAGGCGGCGUAUUCAGCUUCUAAAGGCGGCAUCGUUGGAAUGACUCUCCCCAUCGCUCGAGAUCUGGCACCCAUGGGCAUCAGGGUCGUCACCAUA